AUGAGUAACCGCUCCAUAAAAAAGUAUCUGAACAGCAACCCAAAUGCUAUUUUGGUUUUAGAUGGUGGCCAGGGCUCGGAACUGGAAAACAGAGGCAUUGAAGUGGCCAAUCCAAUUUGGUCUACAAUUCCAUUCGUAAACGAAUCAUUCUGGUCUAACCCUGCUUCGAAAGAUCGCGAGAUUGUGAGUGGGAUGUAUAGAGAUUACUUGGCUAGCGGAUCUCAGGGUUUCACGACAGUAACGUACCAGGCAAGCUUUAAAUUAGUCUCUGAAAAUACUGUGAUCAAGACACCGGCCGCGUACGUUGAGUUGCUUUCCAGAAUAAUAGCCUUUACUCGCGAAUGUAUCGGUAGCGACAAGUGGCUAGUAGGCUCUAUCGGUCCAUGGGGCGCGCACAAUUGUUCGGAGUUUACAGGCGAGUAUGGACCAGAACCUGAAAAAAUCGACUAUCUGGGGUAUUUUGAACCGCAGCUAUCUGCUUUCAAUGGUAACGGGAACCUAGAUUUGAUUGCGUUUGAGACCAUUCCUAAUUUUCACGAGCUUAAGGCAAUUCUUUCAUGGGACGAAUCCUUAAUCUCCAAACCUUUUUACAUAGGACUCUCCUUACACGACAAUGGGAAACUGCGCGAUGGCACAAGCUUGCAGAAAAUCGGUGAAUACAUUAAAUCUCUGGGCCCGAAAUUAAAUUCAAAUUUCACUUUGUUGGGUGUGAACUGCGUGAGCUUUGACCAUUCCCAGAGUAUGCUGGAAGAACUACAUGAGCUUUUACCAGAACUUCCACUCAUUGCAUACCCCAAUAGCGGCGAAGUUUACGAUUCAGUUCAAAAAGUUUGGACGUCCAAAAAAGUGCACGGCGUUACUUGGGACUUUUUGGUCAAGAAAUUCAUUGAAAGUGGCGUCCGAAUGAUUGGAGGAUGUUGCAGAACCACGCCCGCUGAUAUAAAAAAAAUCAGCGAUGCUGUCCACAAGUACUCGAAAGAGAGAGCAUUGUGA